AGGCUGAGCUUCCGGGGUCUGUAGCUGGAGAGGAGGAAAAGCAGAAUCAGCUGAACUACAGAAGGUACUCUCUCUCACACAAACUCUCACUCACUCUCCCUCAAAGAAAUGAAAAACAUUCUCCUGAAAUUCAUAUUUAACUAAGAGCAAAGUUAAACUGCUGAAAGAGGUGAAGCUGAAGCCAUCCUGCAGAAUCUCCAGAACACACAGACAUUGUUUGAUACAUUUAACAGACAAAUGAAGCCAAGUCCCGACAUGGAGAAACAUCAGCACUCUGUCAAGAGUUUUACUAAACAGAGUGAUCUCAAAAAUCACCAGCGCAUUCACACAGGAGAGAAACCGUAUCACUGCUCAGACUGUGGGAAGAGUUUUAAUCUACAGAGUACUCUGAAAAUACACCAGCGCAUUCACACAGGAGAGAAACCGUAUUACUGCACAGACUGUGAGAAGAGUUUUAAUCGAAAGAGUACUCUCAAAAAUCACCAGCGCAUUCACACAGGAGAGAAACCAUAUUACUGCUCGGACUGUGGGAAGAGUUUUACUAAUCAGAGUAAACUCAAAAAUCAUCAGCGCAUUCACACAGGAGAGAAACCGUAUCACUGCUCAGACUGUGGGUUGAGUUUUACUCAACAGAGUACUCUCAAAAAUCACCAGCGCAUUCACACAGGAGAGAAACCAUAUUCCUGCUCAGACUGUGGGAGUAGUUUUACUAAACAGUGCACUCUCAAAAAACACCAGCGCAUUCACACAGGAGAGAAACCAUAUUCCUGCUCAGACUGUAGGAGGAGUUUUUCUGAACAGGGUCAUCUCAAAAAACACCAGCGCAUUCACACAGGAGAGAAACCGUAUUACUGCUCAUACUGUGGGAGGAGUUUUACUCAACAGAGUAAUUUCAAAAUACAUCAGCGCAUUCACACAGGAGAGAAACCGUAUCACUGCUCAGACUGUGGGAAAAGUUUUACUAAUCAUAGGAAUCUCAAACUGCACCAGCACAUUCACACAGGAGAGAAACCGUAUUACUGCUCAUACUGUGGGAGGAGUUUUACUCAACAGAGUAAUUUCAAAAAACACCAGCGCAUUCACACAGGAGAAAAACUGUAUCACUGCUCAGACUGUGGGAAAAGUUUUACUCAACAGGGUCCUCUCAAAAAACACCAGCGCAUUCACACAGGAGAGAAAACUAUUGCAAAUUUGUCCCACAGCAAUAAAAAGCGCAAAUCAUAAAUCUUUAGAACAGAACACCUUAUUCUACACAAAUUUUUCACUUUGUCACUUGGGACACGUUCCACCAGAAACAAACAUGAACUGAAUUUAACAAUGGAUUUUACAGGUUCAACAAAAUGACUCUUAUUCAUGGAUGAUGUUUAUAGAAUUUAAUGUUAUGUUUUCUCGUAUGUUUGAUAUUUCAGGACAUUCUUCGUGAGACAGAGCUCAGUUUUUAGGGUGGUUACGUUAUGAGUUUAGUUCUGAAGAAGGGAAGGUCGUUUGAGCGAGGGCACUGCCAGAGCUUGCACCAGAUGUUAGAUUAGCAUAACUUAGUCUUUAAAAUUUAGAUGUCGUAGUUUUAAUUUAUUAAUUUAUUAAUUUAAUUUUCUGUAAACAUUUCAGUGCUUGUGCUUAGAAGGUUUUGAAUGCAUUUAAUCUCUUUUCUAGUAUAUACAGACUUUAUUAUUUCCAUUAAUUUCUAGUAUCUUCGUUUUUGCUCUGUGUUAGUUGCCCAAGAUUAGCAUAGUGUAGCUUAAUGCUAUUAACCAACAGGCCCCUCUGUAUGAAAGGAGAAACACCACCUGAGGAACUCCAGAGAGUGCUCCCAAAAGUGUGACCCAGAGCCACAGAGAGACGACACUGUGCUAGGUACUGCCGUGUGGACCGGAGGAGCAUCCAGACCCGCAGAGAGGCCAACUAAAUCCUUUCCAGAGGUUAAAUAAAACGCUCCAGCUGUAGUUCCCAUACUGAAAUCAACCCACUCCAGGCUUGUGUAGCGCAGUAAGGUUGCAGGCUCAUUCACUCCCUCUGAUGGUGUUCUCAUUUGUC